UGUUUGACGUCGUCACCAUGGUGACGGGCUUCAAUCUGUUGGUGGUGGAUUGAAGUUUACAUGUAACAGAAGGAGCGUUGUGCUUCGUUAGCUCCCUAAAAUUACUGCAGGGCCGCGAAAAUGGAGCUACCGGCCACGUAUUACGGAAAACUUGACAAAAGAAACCCAGUCAUUUUAACGUUUGAACGAGACGUUAAGUCGUUUAUGAAACUGAUGAGACGAGUCGCUUCUCCGACCAGCCGGGACGACAACGGCUCUUAUGCCAGAGGGAUUAAAGCUCUGGUGGAGAUAUGGAAAAAGUACAAACAUCGACUGCCUUCCAAGUUGUACCAGGGGUGCAUGUUGCAGAUUGCAGACUUUCUCUGUGGGUUAGAGUUCUACCAGCUGGCUCUUUGGCAUGGCUAUGGUCCCCACCUGCAGCAGUUCAACUCAUUGAAAAUAACUGACAUCACAGAUGUCAACCACUUCAUGGCCUGCUUCUUCCCUGAGGGUUUUGAUACGGAUCACGAUAUCUUUGCCAUGAAGAUCCGUGCAAUGCAGGGAUGUGCCCUGUGCAUUUUUGAGCAGGAAAAAAAGCUCAGCGUCUUGAGCCAGAAGGGUCUCUGUAAACUGCUGCAUGUACUGAACUUCAUCAGAAUCAUGAUGCAGGCUUUUCAAGGACAUGAGAACCUCUACUGGCAAUUAUACAAUGGCUCUUUACACAUCUACACUAUCUGCCGUUACCUGAUGACCAUGAAAUGUAGCGCACAGGCACUGGAGUACCUUCUGUGGGCAAGCAUCAGUUUAGAGCUCUCCAUCCCUCUGAUGACUGCAAAGUACCUGCCAUGGAUUUCCACCCUCUACUGUGCUGUCUGCCAGUGUUACUAUGACAACCAGGCUGCGGUGCUUGCGGAGAAGUUUGCCAGGAGAGCCCUUGGAAAAAUCAAUGAGCUAGCACAGAUGGAGUUGCAGAGUGACGUUCCUACCACCAGAGAGACCCAGAGAGCUUACAAAGAAGCCUCUAUCAAGCUGGCUGUCAUGGUGUUUAAGAACGCAGUGUUUGAGGCCAGAAAGAAACUCAAACCCAUGUUCAGAGUCAAAACCAAAAGCACCCUGAAGGACAUUCCCAAUGCGCCAUGGCCUUGUACGACAACAGAGCGCUUGCUUAUGGACCUGUUUGACAGCAGGGCAGCCCAGUUUUUGGGUAUCUUGGAAGCGCUUAAGGUCAGCGCCAGAUGCCUGUUGCAGACAGGGAUGCCAGAUGAACCAGAGCUGCAGGAGGUGAUCCUGGAGCUCCUGUCUGCUGGCAUCAGUAUAUUAUCUGGAGUCACAACUAUGAGUGAGUCCCUGUAUGCACUGACGCCAGCAUCUUCUCUAAUGGAUUUAGCCAUCAUCGGAGAAGACAAAAUACCCAUCAUGUCUACGGUGAGGUUCAUGAAGCUGUUGGUUCAGUACAAACAGCCAGACUCAUUCAACAAACUUGCCGGGGACAUCAGGCAGGUUUUGUCCGGUGUGGAGGGUCAAUCAUUCAGGAAGGCAGAGCGGGAGCUUGGUUUACUGCACAGCUUCAACAAUCUGCUGUCUUCCCAGAGGAGCCGGGCCAGAGAAGACAACAUAACUGAUGACAAACACAAGUCUUCCUUCUCAAUGAGUGAUGAGUUAAUUGGCCUGGUAGACACCCUGGACAAGUCUGUUUGUGGCUCUCCUCGUGAGGAGCAGCCACAUGAGAACCUGGUUUUGGAUGUUGUCUUAUUUCUGUGGGAUAAAGUGAGGUCAGUGAUGCAGAGGGAUCAGCUGCGAAACAUCGAGUAUUCACACUACUUCAAGAAAGUAGCUAUUUAUGAUAAGUGGCUGUGGUGUCUGUCUGUGCUUUGUGAAGUGGCAUUUGCCUGUGACCUGGCAAGUGCUGACUGCAUAAUGACAGCAGAGAUGAUCCACACAUUGGCCAUACUUUUAGAGAGUGCAGCUGAACACAGAGAUCAAACACAAUGCCCAGUGGCUUGUGAAACUCAUGGCGAUGGUGUGAAGCCAAGCUAUUUUUCUCUUCUUGAGCGUUCAAGUACAGAGCUGCUUCAGAAGGUGUGUGAAUUGGCGGUUUGGGGUGUUGAAGCUCUGGUGAAAGGUGUGGCUACACUGCUGCCCCAAGAUAGCUCAGCAGUCAUUGACUCUGCAUUCAUGCAGAAGUUUAGUCCCCUUGAUGCAUCGGCUCCCUCCUUAUCUUCUCCAACAUCACCAGAAGGAGAAAAUGGAGACGAUGAAUUGACUAAAAAGGAAAAAGAAGCUGACACAAACACAGAAUCAGAUAUUAAAGGUUCUCAACGUACACAGUCCACACGUGUGUUCUUGCUGGCCAUAGACCUUCAUCUUGAGCUAAACAUUAUCCACCACAGGGCUUCCCUCAAGUUACUGCAGCGGAAUGCAGUUGGAGAGUCUAAACUGUUGGAUCGGAUCAAGAAGAACAAGGUGUCUAAAGCACUUUUCCUGAUCCAGAAAGCCUUGCUGGUUUUCAACAGCACGGAGCCAAAUACCAGCAACAACAAAACCAGUCUGAGGAGUCUGCUUGAGGAGGCCUCGACCCUUAUAGAGAGAGCAGGUGUGGAGGAGAGAAAGCUGUUUCUCUCCACCACCAAUGAGACUCCAGCUGAAAAUAAGGACAACGAGAUGAGGGGGGAAAAAGAAAACCCUCCACCUGCCCCCAUCCUACUCUCACGAACUGACCACUCCUUAACCUUUGUCCCAGCACCUUAUAACUUGGAGCAACAAGUGUGCUGGUACCAGCUCUGCGGCCAUACAGCUGAGGGCAUUAACUGGAAAGUCCGUCUUGGAGAUUGCAGCCUGCCAGGAACUGGAAAUAUGGUACCGGCAGUAUCUGGUGAGUGUAUGUUGAAGGCUGAAGGGCUGGAACCCAAUCAGAAGUAUGUGUUUGCUGUAGCAGCUUAUGACAGCCAGGGAAAACUACUGGGCGACACAAUAGGAGAGACAACAUUCCCACUGCUGGCAUCCAUGCCGGUAUCUCUGCUGUCCACGUGGGCUCACUUGGCACAGGUGGCAUUUCAAACAGAGCAGUAUGCCAUAGCAAAGAGAGCCUGCAGUGAACUGUGGAGCCACUACGCUCUCCCCGAGUCCAGUUCCCACAGCGCACAGGACAGACUCACUGCUACAGGGCUGCGUGUCCAGACCCUGCAACAUUCCUCUGCUCACUUGUGUCAGUUGUUCCUCAAUUCGAUCUUCAUUAAGACAGAGAUUAACAUUCAGCAGGGGGUGUUCUCCUGUGAAUCAUUCAGUGGACUGUUUAUCUGGGAACAGGAAGACAGACUAGCAGAAUGUGAGCAAAUGCUGGUGGCCAUGGACCUUGCACUGUGGUUGAAUGAUGGUAGCGCUGCCGUGAAAGCUGUAGUUAACUGUUACAGCCUCUUAGCACCGCUAAUCUUCCAUCAGAUCACCUGUGACCCUGUUGUGCAGGUGUUAAAAAAAUGCCUGAUAGUUCUGGAGGUGAAUUCAGGUCUUCUCAAGCAAAAAUGGACUGGAAGCACCUCAGAGUCACUUUUGCACAUGAUAGCCUGCAUCACCUACUACCUGUCAAAGGCAUUACGUGUGCUCAGGGAGCAUCAGAUGGCUUCUGCGAUGAUGGAAUGUGGUCGCAGGCUGCUCCAAGAGGUCUAUGAUGCCCAGCUGCAGAUGGCUUCUAAGAUAGAUCAUGCAGCAGUGGAGUGUGAAACGAAUGUAAAUAUUCAGCUGAAGGCACUGCUUUGGAAGAACAAGCCAAGAACCACAUCUGAAGCAGCUCUGUUAGCAGACAGUGAGAUUCCACGGCCACUGACUGGCUUUGAGGAUCCCAUCAUACUGUAUAAUGUGAUCACCAACAGCACAUUAAAGGAUGCCUAUCAAGAUGUGAUGAAACUCAGACACAAGGCUCGUAUUAUUGAGUUUGCGGCACUCCUUCUUCAGAGAGCCAUGGAAGAGGGCCACCCAGACCUUGUGUUAAAGUGGGGUCAAAGCAUAUUUAAACUUCUUUCCAGGCGUGACGAGGAAAUACGACUGUCCACCAAAUAUUUGGAAGGAAACAGUCAGAGUAAAAGAAGAGGUAGUGCUCGGAUUCCGAAAGAAAUUGAACCACCUCUGAACAAGAACACACCUACUCAUGAUGACACAAGAAAGAAAUCAAAACAGAAAAAACCACACAGCAUGCUUCAGAGAGUGAGAACUAAGAGGGAUGUGAAUGCUGUGGAGAACCUGCUAGCCAUGAUGUCAUCUGUAGUGCAACGGCACAAGAAGCAGCUUCAGCUGAGGAACAUGUGCUGUGAGGAGAGAGUGUGGAAGUCUAACCUCAACUACAGUGUGGCUCAAGCCCAUUUAGCACUCCUUUACCAGGGCCUGGACCAACUGCACGGAGGAGCCCUGCAGGACAGUUACAGCCAGUUAAAUCCAUUGUGUUUCUCUCUGGCCUACACUGGUGUCCUGGUGUGGAGGAACUCACAGCGGCAGCAGUUGUCUAAACAUGAGGUUUUCACAGAGAGAGACACCUCGCAUGCCAGUCUUGGGGACAACAUGGCUGCACAUAAAGACAGUAGCAGAAGUGAGGCUGUCAAAGUUGAUGACUCUGUAACAGAGGAGGGUUGCAAGGAGGGAGAGGACUCAUCUCAGACUGUGGAACAGCAGAUUGAGAUGCAGAGAUGCACAGCUGCCUUGCUGCUUGACUCACUCAACAAAGCCGCUUUACAUCUCCGACGGGCUAUGGUGUUAGCCCAUCGUGGCAGCCACUGGACCACUCUGCAGUGUGUGUGUCAGACUGUGUGGGACCAGAGCUGCAGAAUCACUGUCCUAGUCCAGACAGCUGCUCAGCUUGAGCCUUCCUCCCCUAUCACAGCAGACCAGCUGCAUACCACCUUCACCCCGCUUCUGGUGCUGGCUACUGACCUUAUCAUGGACAUGCUGGACAAACUAGGGCUGUGGAGUUUGUACGACAGUGACCUUACUGAGGAGGAGUUAGAGUCCAGUCUCCACUUCUCAGCCCCACUGGAUGACACCACGCAGGUGGACCUGCGGUGGGUUCGCACAUUGGUGUUGCACACUCUGGAGCGCCUCCAUGAUAGUGGAAAAUGGGAAAGCCUGGCCCACUUUGCCCUAGUAUUCAACUCACACACACGAGAACGUUAUGCUUUGAUAAUAACGCCUCUACUAGUCCAUGCUCAGAGGAGGCUGCUUGAAAGGAUUACUUCUUUCGGAGGACCUGCUGUCCCACAACCGCACCACAUCAAGACACAAAAGGCCACUGGCAAGCAGGUAAAUUACAGGAGCUAUGCAGGCUCCCAGCUGCUCAGCGGUUGGACCCCUCAUCCUGCACAGCAACAGCCCAUUUGCAAACAAGCAACACUCAGAAACUCCACUCAUUGCGACGCAGUUGAUCUUAAAGCUGCAGAGAUCCAGCACGCCAUGUCCCUUGUGUGCGUUCCUCUGGAUGUAGAAGACACACUGAGCUGUUACCGUCAAGCACUUGAGAGGAGACCACAUUGUCUUCAGGUCUUCCAGCAUAGUCGUUCAUUACUGCUGCUGCUUCAGGCACACACACAGCCCUGCUUUGCAGCACAGUCUCAGCACUGUCAGAGCAGAAGUCUCAGCCAUUCUGCGAGUCUGGUUGAUUUCAGUCCUGUAGUUAUUGCUACUCCAAACAUCCAACCUUGUGACCUGACAGAGGAGGACUACAGCAGUGCAAGUGCUCUCUACAGCCUCCCUAUCAGCCCUGACCACAUUCCGACUGUCAUUGCUGCAUACUCCACCUCCAUUAAAUAUCUCCAGGCCAACAGUCAUGACUCCCUCAGAGUUCUGGCCCUGCAUGAAAUGGGAAACCUACAGUUCUUCAAUAGAAACACACGGGCUGCACACUCAUGCUGGAGUAAAGCUGUAGAUUGUGCCUUACAGAGUUCAAGCGCUGUUGAGAAUUGGGAUGGUGUGUCCUUUGGGGAUGGCUCCCUGCAACAAACCCUGAAACGGGCUGGCAUUUGGGGAUGUCUGCAAGCUGCUGUGCUCACUUCUAAGAUUGCACAGUAUGUCCUCACUUCUGACAUCAGCCGUCGCACAAGGUGUUGCCUCUUGUCUGCUCACCUCUUUAAGUGUGUACUGUGUUGCUCCCUGGCUCAGCCCCAGGCCGACCUCCAGUAUGCCGAUUACAUCAUUGGCGAUGAGCUGCUUCCUGGGGUCGACCUUUUCUCUGAAUCCCACAGAGUUCACCUUGGCACCACUGUAGCCAGCCUUAACUUCAUCUGUUAUUGGCUUUUCAGCACAGGCUACUACAUCACGAUACUGCCCAUGCUUGCCCUUUACAUCCAUUUUGUAGGGACUAUAUGCAGAGAUGUUAGACGCACUGUUGAGGGCAGAAUACUGAAGAUUCGUGCCCUGACUAAACUGUGUCUGUUUAGUGAAGCUGUAAAGGAAUCAGUUCAGCUCACACAAGGAAGAGGUGUCCUUCUGCCUCAUGGACACUGCAUCACCAAAGACCAUCUCCAACCUGUGAAGACGUUCUACAAUAACAAGUCUCUUGUGGACAAUGCUGAGGCUUUGGAAGAUCUCGUGAACUGUGACCUUGCUCCAGAGGUCCGCACACUCUAUGGAUCUACAUUGUGUGUCCGUUUCAACCUUGCUCGUAUUCAGUUAGUCCUGGCGCUCAGCGGCACUUUACAUGGCCCUCCCGUGCCAGAUUCUGUUGAAGGAGAAACUUGUGUCAGCAAAACAAGUUGUUCAGUGAACUCAAAACAGCACGAAAAAGACACACUGGACUCUGAGAGCUCUUGUCUGAACACAGAAGAGCCAAAAGUGCUGACACUUGAUAGAGAGAAGGAAAAGCUCACUCCGGGAAGGAUUAAGUUCUUUCUGCUAGAAAGUGUGUCCUCCUUGUUGAGCUUGGCUUCACAGCAGCUCACAUCUCAGUCAUGCAGCACAAUAGAGAACCUGGAACUGACAAUAGAGUCCAAUCUACUGAAGGCCAAAAUGUACUUGCAGCAAGGACAUGCUGCACUUAGUUCUAAGAUGGCAGUUUCUUCCUUGGGGCUGCUGCAGACAUCUCCUGUAAUCAUCAGAGGAUCCAUACCUGGCCCUCAGAACCCUGUGUCUGAGCUACCAAACACCAGGACAAGAACUGAACAAGGUUCUGAAGGUUGCAGAGUUUCAAAACCCCUGAUUGAAGACUGUCCCAGAGUAGUCGAGGCCAUUGAGAGAAUUGGAUAUUUUCUGUGGCUGCGAUGUCGCCUGGCUCUGGUUCGCAGCCUGGCUGCAAACAUCCCUGACUCUGCUACCCUUUUCGAAGGCAAGAACAUUCAUGAAGAGGCAGCCUGGGUGUUACAGGAGGGUCAUCAUGAAUGUGCCCAAAGAGGAGAACUCGAUUUUGAAGCCCUUUUGUUGGUCGAAGGUGCAGAAUUAGAAGCACAGAGAGGCAAAACUGAUGACAGCUUGGCAAUGCUGCAGGACGCCGUCAGCCUGCUUACAGGACGGACAUGCAUGCCAUCAUCAUCCAGUUUGAUUCUGGCACGGGCCGCUUUAAUACUUAGUGACCUAAGAGGGGUACAGAGCAUCACUCUUCUAAAACUGACACAGAGUCUGCUGAAACAGCAGCUGUGUGUUUUCGGUCAGAGAGUGGUUGAUGGAAAAAUUUGUUUCCCUCCUCCUGAGCCCAACAACAUCUACCUCCCUCAUCUCAACUUACUGGAAAAGGUCACUUUGCAAAUUGGUCACAUCCUGUCUUCGAGCAAUGUGGAAAUGCCGGUCUCUGCUCAUUCAUCGCAACCCACUUCCAGGCUGUGCUCGCACAUGUCCACCCAGCUCGAGAGAGACUCUCAAGCACCAGUUCCCUCUCUGAGCGACCCAAGCACCUCCACUCCUACAACCCCCCAAUGCUCAGCCAGAGAGCCAGAAUAGAAUGAAACUUAUAAUGUCUUGUGUUAGCACCUAUCUAACGAAAGACAGAGCUGGAUGCUGAAAUCAUAACAGUUAGAACUAAAUGAAUCUUAAGAUAUUUGCAGGGCCAACUCCGUAAUGUAUUAAAAUGGCAUGGCUUUGUCAGAUGUUUAGUGAUGAAUAUGCUGAAUGCAGUCAUACAAUAUUCAUGGUGAUCAUAAUAUGAUGAAAUAAAACUUCAGUUCUUCUGUUAUGUUUAA